AACUCUUAAAGUUUUGAUGUCUAGAAGAACAGCAGAAUUUGCUGAUACUGCUGGCAUAGAAUUCAUUCUACUAAAGAUAAUAAAAUUGAAGCAUUUUUAUUACCAUGAUAUGUAGGCAAAGUAAAUAGUCUCAUAAAAUCACACAUUAUCAGGAAGCACUGUGAUAGUAGGAGAGAGUAGCAGAAGACUGCAGGAAAUUGGCUUUCUUUCAAAAUCCCUUAUUUGGAAGGGAUCCUUGUGUGUAUCUAAGUAAAUGUUACAUUACAUCAGAAAACUGAAUGGCAUUAGAAAAUAGCAGAGAAAACUGACAUAGAAAGACAGGUCAGGUUUAGUAAUGAUGACUUAGCUCAAGAAAACUUUUCUGUAAUUAAGCAGCAGAAUAGUUACAGCUCUUCUUUCAGGCCUAAACUGCAUGGCAUUAAACCCAAGUUAAAAAACCAGAAGGUGUAAGCAGAGUGGGCUCAACACCCCCACUAACCAGCCCUAUUUCCCAGGUUCACUGGUGAUACCAGCACUUCAGCAGAUAAAACAGGGCUAAAGUAAUAUUUAACAUCUCAUCCAGUAGGUGGGUGGGAAGUUCAUGCUAAAGAGGAAAUAGGAGUGCCAGGACUAUAACAGACUAAUGAUGGGAGAAGCUGGAAUGUAUCAGCUGAGAGAGAUCUAGGAUCAUAUACACACAAAUAUUUCAGGGAAAAAAAAAUCCAACCAGCUAUAAACACAUUCAAACCAGAACAGUGUAGGCAAAGAAGCAGCUUUGCAACGUGUAUCCCUGGUUAAGCACUGAACCUUAGGCCAAAGAUCUAAUAAAUCUGAUAUCCACAGAAACUACAAAGAGAAAACAGGGUAAAACCCGUAAGGACAUGCUAUCCAGCUUGCAUGAUACAUGUAAACAAGGUAGCAGAAUACAUAAAUAACAUGAAGGUGUCAGACAAUCACAGGACAGUAGACUCAUACUGCCAAUUUUUCUACCAGGUGAGAGUUAGAGGUAGCGCUUGUGAGAAUGUUUAAUAAAUUCCCAAACUGCCAUUGAAUUUCGACAAAAGCAUUGAGAAACUGAAAAGAAUUCCGCAUGUGGUAUCCAGCUUUUACACAUUAAAUACAAGAACAAACACAAAUACGGCUCUGGAGCCAAGUACAGUUUAUGCUGAGCCUUGCGACUAGCCUGGAAGCCAGACCAAAACUUGGGCUAAUUUUGCUUGCUGAAACAAGCUGUUGUUUCCUUCAAUUUGGCAUAGAAGGAAAAAAAAAAAAGACAUUAAAAAAAAAAAAAAAGGCGCAAGGCAGAGAAGAAGGAAGGGAUCAACAAAACAGCAAAUGAAAAUAGGGGAAAGGUUUUGGAGACUGCAGUCUGUGGAGGGGUGGAAACAGUGUGAGAGGAGGCAGUAAGUGGAUUGAAGGAGUGACAGCUAACAGUGGGUAGGGAGGCAAAAGGCAGAAUGAAGUUUUCCUAAGGCAUGUUUGUAUGUGUGGCUUCUUUCCACCUUCGCCUUUUUCUAAACUGAGAUCAUCACACUCUUCUGCAAGCCCAGUUUCUCCCUGGAGAAAGGGUACAGAGUUCAGCCACGUGACAUUUUUGUCUCUGAAUGAGACCUUUGAGGUUUUACUAAACACACCCCUUGGUUUCUCCAGAAAACAUCUUUUUGCUCCAAAUAUCUGUAUGUACGGAUUUCAGCAGAACCCUGCAUAUCACCUUCAGGCUUGUGGUAAAUUAGGAGUUAAAUUGCUGCUGUAAAGCAAUUUUAUCUCUGUGUUGAGCCGAGGCUGAAAGUGAGUCAUGUGUGCAUACUUGGAUACGUCACACCCUCUUUGCUGUAGUAGACAAAGAACAAAUUAGCUCCUUACCAUAAACCUCACGCUUACAGGAUGCUUCUGGAGGACAGAUCAAUCAUUCUUUAGUCCCUUUACAGAGGGGAAAAAAAAACACCCCACAAAACGUCUCGUGAGAUGAACUAGCACAGCACCAUUGUUCAGCUGGCUGGAUUUCACACACUACAAUGAAGACACUGUUUUUCACUGGGCUGCUCUCUCUUACCUCCAGUCUUUGCACUACAGAAUUUUCGCUGAAUGGCUCUGCAAUCAAAACAGUGUCUCUUAUCAAAACUUUCCGCGGAAUUUCAGCGAGAGACUACGAUUACAUCCCCCCUUACGCCAUAGAAGGGGAAACGACGACCAUCCGUAUCAGAGAAAACAAAUGCACCUCGAAAAAGUCGAACGACUCCGUGUUAACAGAAGUGAGCAACGCCACGCUGGAGUACCUGACCAGCUCUCUGAGCACCAAGCUGGUUCCUGCCGUCUACCUCGGCGCCGUCCUGCUGGGCGUGCCGUCCAACGCCGUCAUUUUGUGGAUGCUGCUCUUCAGGAUCCGCUCCGUGUGCACCGCCGUCCUCUACGCCAACCUGGCUGCCUCGGACCUGCUCUUCUGCAUCGUGCUGCCCUUCAAGAUCGCCUACCACCUCAACGGCAACAACUGGGUGUUCGGGGAGGCGGCGUGCCGGGCGGCCACGGCGGUGUUCUACGGCAACAUGUACUGCUCCAUCCUGCUGCUGACCUGCAUCAGUGUCAGCCGCUACGUGGCCAUCGUGCACCCCUUCACCUACAAGAGCCUGCCGAAGCGCGCCUACGCGCUGGCGGCCUGCGCCGCCGUCUGGGCCGCCGUCUUCCUGUACAUGCUGCCGCUGGCCAUCAUGCAGCAGAGCUACUACGUGAGGCCACUGGGCAUCUACACCUGCCACGAUGUGCACAGCGCGUGCCAGGCCGUGUCCUCCUUCCAGUUCUACUACUACGUGUCGCUGGCCGUGUUCGGGUUCCUGAUGCCGCUCGCCACCAUCGUGUUCUGCUACGUGUCGAUCAUACGAGCGCUCAAGACCCGGGAGUGGGUCUGGUAUGUUAAAGUCAGCCUCCUGAUCCUUGCCAUCUUUGCUGUUUGCUUUGUGCCCAGCAAUGUUAUCCUUAUUAUCCAUCACAUCAACUACUACUAUUACAACAGGGAUGGCUUGUACUCUUUUUAUCUAAUUGCUUUAUGCCUUAGCAGCCUGAACAGUUGUCUCGAUCCUUUCCUUUAUUUUCUGAUGUCAAAAAUUAAAAGCCAGUCCAAUAUUUAUCUAACAAUGGUUAAAAUAUCCAGGGAAAAGUGAAUUUAUUACUAUUACUGGAAUUGUGAUUUUGUAUCGUAUUAACACAGACAGCAACAAAUCUCAGGUGUGACAUUUAUACUUCAAGUAAAAUGUGUUAGAAAACAAAAUCUCAGUUAAAAUUACUUUCUCCCACACAUGGAAUAUCUCAAAAAACACAUCUCUCCAGCUCUAUAACUUUAUUACAUGCAUUGCAACACCUGUGUACCUAGAUUCAGGGAAGUAGCUCUGCACCUCCAUUUCCUUCUGAGAUCACUUUGUGGCCAUGGGGAAGCUGCCAGAAUAUCAGCCUCCAAGUACCAGAAGAGGAGUGAGCAUCCAAACAACACUUCUAGGGCAAUUCAUGACACUUCAAAUUAGCUCUCAAGCCAUCAGUCACUGCAGGAACAGUGAUACAAAAACAAGGUUUUGGCUGGUGAAAGUGGGAACAAGUAAAAGCACUUUCUCCAUGCCUGGGAGCAGUCAAGAGCAAAUACUGCCCUGGAUGUUGGAAAUACAAAGUUCCCCAUGGGCUCACAGAACAGUAAAUGUACAGCCAUGGAUGCAGAACCUGACUCUUCCAAGGCUGCCUCUCCCAUGAGGCUGCUCAGCCAGCUCUGCACUGGAGACUUGUUCUUCCACUUUGUCAGCGCCUGCACUCCCCAAACCCACAGGGAGACUGCUGGGAGCUGACCCUUAUCAGUGUGAAUCCAGGCAUGUAUCACUCUUGCUUGGUAAGCAAAACAGGGAAGCUGUUUUGUAGGAUUCUCUAUUUCCACAUCCUCACAGGAAAUACCUACAGUGUUACAAAUACUGGAACUAGUUACCAUUGACUGUUAGUAAAACAAUGGGUCUCAACUUCUACCUUUACAGAAACUCAAAACCUACGUAUAUACCAAGUUCCUAGAAAAUGAGCUCAGUUGUUGUAGUUUGAAUUUGUAACUGCAGCAUGUAAGUGGGGAUUAAAAAUGUUUUAUGUUGUUUUGAUAAUAGUAUUGUAAAAAAACUUUACUUAAAUAAAAUAAGUUGCACUGGAAAAUGCCUCAAGGGAAUUUGCAGCCUGGUGAGGCUCCCCUUUUUCUAUUUCUUCUGGUUCUUAAUUUAAGUUAGUUUUAAUCCUGCCAUUCCUUCAACAUGCACAAGAACAAAUUUUAAAGGUAACUAAAAUAAUUAAAAUAAUAUACAACUAUUGAAAAUUUAAACAAGGUGAACAUAGUUAAAACCUCUUUACCUAUCACACAAAAAAACUUAUGACCAAACAUAGUAAUUUGUUCCAUCUGUUUAACUUUCCAGUUAUCUACAAUAUGCUCCCUUAACACAGAGUUUCUCUUCACUGGGACCUGAGAACAUUUGGUUUGAAAAGGCUUUCAGAAGUGUUAAAAGCUGUGGUCUAAGAUUUACAGGACAAAAUAAGUUCCAGGUUUGCAUUUUCAGUUUCAUGCAAGGAAGAAAUAGGUCAGAUCUGAGAUAAAGACCUGUAAUGGAUUCUGGCAGAUUUGGGUGCAGACUCCCCCAAAUCACCACAGCUAUGGGGAAGUGGCAGAAAGCUGCUCAAAAUAAGUGAGUAGGUUUAACACAUAUGUUUUUCCAGAUGUUGGGGCAGGAAGUUUAUUGGGAGGCCUAUCUGAUCCUUGUAAAUCAAGUGCUUCCUUUAACCACAGCUCACUCUUAAAACAUGCUAAACACAAAUUAAGUCAGAUUUGCUUUAUAAACAGAGAUCAGAAAAAGUGGAAAAUAGACAGACUUGAGAAAUUGCAUUACCUUUACAAUUGUGUUUCAAUUUUUUUUCUUCUUGGAGGAAGUGUCAGGAUAAAUCAUAUUUUUACCUAAAGAAUGUUCAUAUCUCUGACUGAUCACUGUAGAGAAUUAAGUAUGCAUCUGAGUGUUUCUUUUGGGAGCACUGUGUCUUGUUCUCUUCUGAAACAGGAACAACACUACUGUUCACAGAGAAGGUGGCCUAAGUACUUUUCAAAACACUGCAAAACCAAAAUACCUCAACAGAGAAAGGUCCACAGAAGUCUCUAGGAACAUCUAAAACCUUGGACUGAGAAGACUUCAAAGAGAUUGUACAAUUUUUAUUCCAGAAUUUGGAAACACUCAUUUGUUUCCUGUGAGCACAUUCACACCAGGACAGGAGUAGGCACCAGGUUUGCAUCUGGGGAGCCCUGGGGCACCUGGCAGGGAUGAGCCAGGGUGGGACUGCUGUGUGCAGGCACCUCUGGGCUGCAGGUCUCUGCCUUGGGGACAUCCUGGCCUGCUGAGCACACACAUGGCAUGUCCUGGGCCAGCACUGUGCAGCCAGCACCCGCACCAUGCACAAAUCCUGACCCCAGCCCAUCAGGACAGGUGAAGCCAGAAAGCACAAAACCCUCCCCACAGCGAGGGAGAAGGCAUUUCAACACUGAGGGCUCAGAGAAAACAGGGAGCCCUGCAAAGAAAUUGACUUGUGCUAACACCUUUCAAAGGUUCUGACAGCAGAUUACAGAAACAUCUGGUUUCACAGCAGGUACCCCAGGUGAGGUGACACAAAUGCUGGAAGAUACUUUACAAGUGUGCAGACUUUCCCCAGCUCACCAUGCUACCUUAGGGACACACUAUGUGAAUUUUAACUGUGUUUUCCAGACACUGAGGAUUUUAAGUGCAAUGCUGGUAGCUUUAGCUGACCUUGUGUUCAGUCAUGUCCUGUAAGCUCUCCCCAGGUUUAACUUGGUUUUUGAAGAGCUGAAGUGCAGCAUCUACCAUGUAGAUAUGUAUAGAUACCUGCCCUAGCCUGGGAAAUGCAUAAGAUAAUACUAAGUGGAAAGCCAUGCUGCACUCAGGCCAUGUGACCUGUGUUAGAUAUGUACAGUUGGGUAAAAUUAAUUCAAUUUUAUAUACUAGAAACAGGUUAAAAAGGAGCCUAGAGUGAUUAGCUCAAUUAAUUACAUUUAGUAAGAUGAGUCCAAACUCUUACAUUGAGAAAAAUAAAUCCUUUCUAUUCCCAGAGCAGUUUCUCAUAGUGUAUAUGCAUUUCUUGACUCCUUUUUUUUUUUUUUUUUUUUUUUUUUUUUUUUUUUUUUUUGCCAGCUUUGGCCUGAAAGAAUGAUUUAGUAGUUUUAUUUUGCAAAUCCCUUAUCCUUCUAUCCUUGCAUCCUGCAAUCUUUGUUUAUGCUUCCCUGAGCUGGAAUGCUGUAAUGCUGACCAGGCCACUGCUUUUGGGGAAGCAGAUAGCAACAUCCUGCCAAGAUAGGUUUAAACUGAGGGCACGUACAAGACCAUCAGCUUGUUAUUGUGUGAUAAAGCUGUAAAAGGAAUAUGCACAAAACUCCACUAAAAUAAAACAACAUAAGGAAAGGAGACUCCUCAAAAUACUUCCCAGAGAUUUGUUAAAUAACACCCAAAUUGUGGCUUCUUUCUGGCAAAAACCUCACUUUCCAUCCAUAUUGUAGCUAUCUGCCUGACACAGUUGUGUAUCCUAACACAAAUUUGUAACCAUGUGAGUACUGCUGCUGCCCAUGUUUUGUAGUAGCUGCAGCAACCUAGUAGAAUUAAAAUAAGUGAGAUUACAGCAGUGUAGCAAGACAUAUGCAGAAAAUGUCUUAAUUUUAAUCCACUGAGGAUUAAACCAUUUUGCCAGUCAGAACAAGUUAUAGUGCAAAAUUGCUUAUUGCCACUGUGUUGUCACUGGCUUAUUUACAGCCUCUCUGGGCAAAGAUAAUACAAACAUCAAUGCAAAAUUGCCAUCAGGGGACUGGGACAUAGAAGCAAGUGAAAAGAAUUGGCAUUUCACUUCUCACAGAGAACAAGAGUAAAAAU